UCAAUCUCUGCCCAAUCUUCACUAUCUCCGCCAUCAAGUUUUGCUUACACUAUUCUUCAUACCUUUAGUACUAGGAGAAUGGAGAAGACGCUAUCGAAAUCCGAUACACCAGGAAAUACUAGCACUGCUCCACCACCUGCGAGUGGAGAGGGAAAGACUGAACUGGGCGAUGAUGCCACCGGGCAAAUAAGGGAUGCUCGUAUAACCUACUUUGGCGUAUUCUUGCUCAUGUUCCUUAUCGGUAUCUACACAACGAUGGACGCCGUUAUAUACUACCCUAUUGCCGAACACUUCAACGACAUGCAGCGUGCCAACUGGCUGAUCAACAGCUACUUGAUCACCAUGACAUCGAUGCAGCCGAUCUAUGGAAAGUGCAGUGACAUUGCAGGACGCGUCCCCACUAUGACUGUUGCUGCCCUUUUCCUGCUUGUCGGCUCGCUGCUCUGCGCAGUCUCCAACUCGAUGGACAUGCUCAUUGCUAGCCGUGCAAUACAAGGAGUUGGAAGCGCAGGCAUGUACACCAUCGUCAACGUGGUCAUUGGCGAUUUGUUUACCGAACGCGAGCGGGGGAAACUGAUGGGAUUUUCAUCAUCAGCUUGGUCGCUAGCAUCAGCUGCUGCGGUCAUCAUUGGCGGGGCUAUUGUCCAGUUGAGCACCUGGCGUGUCGCAUUCUGGCUCAACGUCGCUAUUAGCGCUGUGGCCAGCGGGGUCGUCCUCUAUUUCCUUCGCGUACCCAAGCCAAGCGGGACGCGCAGAGAAAAGCUCGGCCGGGUGGAUUUUGGUGGGUCGGCCAUUUCUCUGGUCAGCAUCGUGCUAGUGCUAUUAGCGCUCUCGUGGGGCGGACAGCAGUACCCAUGGUCAUCAGCACGUGUCAUCUGCUGCAUCGUCUUUGGAGUGCUAAUCGGGGCUCUGUUCGUUUUCUACGAAGCCAAGUACGCCAAGGAGCCUAUCCUACCCAUGUACCUGUUCAAGACACGGAACAUUGCACUUUCGGUGUUUGGCCACCUGUUCUUUGGCGCUGUAACUAAUGCGCCUCUUAUCUUCAUUCCUCAGUGGGCGCUAGUAGUCAAGAAUACGACUCCAAUCACCUCGGGGCUAUACACGCUCCCAUUCAGUCUUUCGGAAGGCGUUGCUGUCGUGCUCACUGGCCUCGUUGUUACCAAGACUGGACGGUACCGGGAAUGUCUAUGGUUUGGCAGUGUCUGUCUUUUGGUUGGAUCUUCGCUGCUUAUUGUCUUAGGCAGAGAAUCGCAUGUUGGCGAAGUGAUCGGAUUUAUGAUUAUCUGUGGCUUUGGUUUCGGUACCUGCAUCCAGACACUUAUCCUCACAGCACAGGUCGGUGCAGAGGGCAAGGACAUGGCAACGGCUACUACGGCGUGCAUUUUUACGAGAUCACUUGGCUCCAUGGUUGUAGUGGCCGUGCUGAGCUCAGUCAGUGAGAACAAGCGUAAAACAGAAUUCGCGAACGCUAUUGCAAGGUUCCCUGAAUAUGCGAGUGCGAUCACCCAGGUCUCAUAUAACCAGUCGCUUAUACACCAGCUUGACCUACCGGUGGACGUUUUCAACCAGAUCCUCGACGUGUUCAUGAAAUCGAUGCGGUCGGCAUUUAUUGCCUUGGUUCCGUUUUCUGUCCUGUUUUUCCUCACUGUAAUCUUCAUUGAGCACAAGCGGUUGAACACAGUCAAGAAGGUCACAAUUCAAUAGCAGCCUACUUUAAUAGGAGUAUAUUUAUUAGUGGACAUACAUGAACCACAGAUGAUAGGUCUCCUGUUUACACA